GAGCGUUAGCGGUCUCGCUCGGCCGGCCAAGUCGUCUAAGAUUCAGAUAACCUCAGCUGCCAACAGUACCCAGGCUGGCAAGAGAGGAAAAGUUAAAUAUAGAGGGGAACUUUUUUUUGGGGAUUCUAAAUAGAAGAAUUGCAAGGGAUGCUCAAAAGAUUCACGUAAAGGACAACAGUCUUUCUUUUUAUGUCAAUACUUCUCCAAAAUGCCUUCUGGAAAGGAUUGUUGUGUUUUAGCACAACUGAAUAGGCUGUGGGAGUGAACGAGGGAGGGAGGGUAAGAGAGAGAGAGAGGGAGAGUUAAGAGUGGGAAGUUACAGUGCUCCAUUAUUGCUUUCUUCUAUUCCCUCCCUGAUCUGACCAAGUAAGAGGGAAAGGAGCAUGGAGAUUUUUCAAUAGCCAGUUCCAGCACAGAAUAUCUCAAGGGGGAUAUUUGUGGAUGUUUCACUUACCUGGAUUAUCCACGAGGGACGAGCAACAAUUAAACGUGGGUGACAACACAACAGGCAGGAGAUGAGAUCCAAAAGCAGCGAUGUGGCGCAGCCGCCCAACGGGGUGCUCGGAGUCCCACAGGAUGACCGUGACCUCAGCCAUGAGCAGGAUGUGUGUAUUGCUGUGAAGAACAUGAAGGCCAAAACUCAGCAUCAGGAGGGUGAAGAUAAAAUGGAGGUGAUAUUUGACAAAGAGCAGACAGUGAUGGACUCUAAGAGCGAAGAAAAAAAAGGUGCUGUCCUCAACCUGUCCAAACAGGAUCUGCUCAAACUGCUGGGGAUCAUGGAAGGAGAGAUUCAGGCAAGAGAAGAUGUUAUCGGCAUGCUAAAAUCGAAGCAACCCCCUCAAGUGACCACUGCGUCAGCAGAAAGCUGUGAAGCAGGUAGCUCGGCCCUCCAGGCCCUGCAGAGGGACGGCCUCAUCGCCGGCACCUCGCCAAACAUCCACACCGCCUACCAAAAACCGAUGAUUGAGCUGGAGCGCCUGCAGGAAAAGCACAGGGAAACCUACAGGCGGAUGCUGGGACAGUUGCUGCUUGCUGAAAAGUGCCAUCGUCGAACUGUUCAUGAGUUGGACAGCGAGAAGCGCAAACAUGCCGAUUACAUGAACAAGAGUGAUGAUUUUACUAAUCUCCUUGAGCAAGAGAGAGAAAGACUAAAGAGGCUGCUUGACAACGAAAAAGCCUACCAGGUGAAAAAGGAGAAGGAGCAUUCUAAACGUCUGGCCAAGGUACAAGAGGAGCUGGUGAAACUCAAAUCGUUUGCCCUGAUGUUGGUCAAUGAGCGCCAACAACACCUGGAGCAAAUAGACCAACAGACUCAACGGGUCCAGGAAAUGAGCCAGCAGCUUCAGCAGCAGAGGAAGAUACUAAGUGAAGCCAGGGAGCACGCUCAGGAAGAUGCCCACAGGGUUCUCAGCUUAGAGGCUGAGUUAAAAGAAAAAAACGUCACAUUUGCUCAACAGCAUGAAGAGAUGAACGCUAAGCUUGCCAGUCAGGAGCUCCUCAACCGUCAACUCAACUCCAAAAUUCUCGAGCUCAUGCGUACAGUGGAUGAGAUCGAAGAGAGUAACAAGGCCUUGAGAAAAUCCGAAGAGGAACUGCAAGAGAUGGACAAUAAAACUGCCAAAGGAGAGUGUUUAAACUCUAAUUUAAUUACCGAGCUCGAGAAUUUAAGGAAGCGCGUGCUGGAGAUGGAAGGGAACGAUGAGGAGAUCACCCGAGCAGAAAAUCAGUGCAAGGAGCUCAGGAAGAGACUACAGGAGGAAAAUAACAAAAGUAAAGAACUUCGGAUAGAGGUAGAGAAACUUCAGAAAAGAAUGAUAGAUUUAGAGAAACUUGAAGGUGCCUUUAACGUAAGUAAGACGGAGUCCGCUCAGUUACAAGCUGCUUUAGAAAGAGAGAAGGGGCUAAGCAAAGAGCUCUCUGAUGAAGUUGUGACGCUCAAGAUCCGAAUGAAAGAGCUUGAAUCCUCUGAGCUCAAGUUGGAAAAGUCUGAGCUUAACUUGAAGGAUGACUUGGGUAAGCUGAAGUCGUUGACUGCAGCUUUAAUGGAGGAGAGAAAGACUUUGUUGGAAAGAAUGACGUCGGAUGAAAAGAAAAAGGAAGAUUUGACUAGAAUGGUCAAAGAUGAGCAGAGUAAAGUGAUGGAGGUGACAGAAAAAUUGAUAGAAGAGAGCAAAAAACUUUUAAAAUUUAAAACAGAAAUGGAAACAAAAGUUGACAGUCUGACAACAGAAAAGAGGGACCUCAACACCAAGCUAGCAUACGAAACUGAUAAAACAAAGGAUCUUCUUUCAAAGGUUAGCCAGAUGAAAAAGAGAUUGGACGGUUUGGAGCAAGCAGAAAGGUUGUCUGCAAACAAAUCGUUGAAAUGUGACCAAGGAAGAUCCGCCGAUGCUGGCAAAAAAGAAGAUAACAAAAUCAAAGAGCUAACCUUUGAGAUUGAGCACCUCAGAAAUCGCCUCAAACAACUUGAAGUGGUUGAGGGAGAUCUCAUCAAAACAGAGGAUCAAUAUGACAUUCUGGAGAAAAGGUUCAUAACAGAACAAGACAAAGCCAACAUACUUUCCCAGCAAGUAGAAGCCAUGAGGAAUCAGAUAGCGCGGAACAAAGCCAUUGAGAAAGGAGAGGAGGACAGCCAGGAGGAAGACUUGCGACAACAAUACAAGAGAGAGGAGGCUAAAACCAGAGAGAUGCAGGCAGAUGUUGUAGCUCUAAAGGAAAAAAUACACGAACUCAUGCAUAAGGAGGACCAGCUUUCUCAAUUGCAAGUCGAUUACUCAGUCCUCCAGCAGAGGUUCUUUGAAGAGGAAGAGAAAGCCAAGAGCAUGGGCACUGAGGUUCUCCAUUUAACCAAAGAGCUGGAGAUAGCAAAGCGCCACAGUCGUGCGUUGAGACCCAGUUUGAAUGGAAGGAGGAUGGUUGAUGUUGCCGUCACAUCGACUGGAGUACAAACAGAAGCACCGUCCAAUGGGCCAACAGAAGACGAUACUCCGGCUGGUUUUAUCAGGAAGUCUGUUCAAGAAGAGAAUCACAUCAUGAACAAUUUAAGGCAGAAGAGCCUGAAGAAGCCAACAGAAAAGUCCGGUGGCAUUGAACGUUCCCCUUCAUCUGGAAGUGAUCUCAGUAUGAAGAAAUCCUGGAUUCCUUGGAUGAGGAAGAAAGACACCAACUCUCACGAAACCAGCCUGGAAAAAACGCAUAUCACAAAUUCAAACCUAACUAUGGCCCACAAGCAAGGUCAGCCUUUACACAUCCGAGUGACACCGGACCACCAAAACAAUAUGGCCACCCUUGAAAUCAGUAGCACCACUACCGAGGAUGUCUUCUCAACAUCAGCCCCACUAAAUGCAAACCCAUCACAACCUAAAUCCAGAAUUACAAUCAUUCCAACACACUCUGCUUCAAUUCGAGGAAAGUCCGCUGCCAAUGGACAUCAGGGUCCAGAAAGAACCAAAUCUCCAGUCACCAUCACAACUAUUUCCAGAGCCAAGUCUCCAGACAGCAGCCAAGCUUCCUCGUCUACCUCGGGAAGACCAAUGUCUCCUGUCACCAUCAUGACAGUGAGCACCACGGCAGUGGCUGACGUCUCUUCCUCCCCAGAACCCCAAGAGAUGACCAUGGGCCGGGCUGUGUUCAAAGUUACCCCUGAAAAGCAGAUGGUCCCUGUACCUAUAAGGAAGGGUCACAACAGCACCAGCAUUAUCACCACCACUGAUGAUAACAAGAUCCAUAUUCAUCUAGGUAAUAAUCUGACCCCAAAGAUGGUGGUCAGGCCGGUGUCUGCCGUAACUGAGAGCAAGGAACUGACCCUGUCGACCGGGACAGUGUUGCGUUCCCCUCGCCAAGUUACCACAACGAGGACCACGCAGAACAAAGUGACGAGCAGCAUUACCAUUUCCCCUGUCGCAUCAAACAUGAGCAGAUCCACACAAAGCAUGUGUGGGCACGAUUCCCAGGCUCCUCGUACGGGACUGACCCGCAUCCCAAUGUCCAAGAGCCUGAAAACAGGGAAGACGGUGCUUGGUUCCUUGGGCAUAUCAAGUGGAGCGAAGGCAGAGUCGCGUGCUGAGAGUCAAUCCAUGAGGAUAGAACUUAAGAAAUCAACCGUGAAUGGCAUUACAUAUCAAAAUGGAGGAAAAGGCUGAUUUAAAAAAACUAAAUACUCUAUGGUGCUGUAAGAGAAAAGUACGCAUUGAUACACAACAGCCAAGUGAAAAUUAUGUUUGAGCUUAAAUAUUUUAUUUAUAUAUAGCCUUUUUUAAAUUUCCCUGUCACAUACUGUAUCAUAUAUACUUUUAUUUACAUAACUAAAAUGUACGGGGAAAAGAGAGGUCAAACCACUCUGCUACUAAUUGUUCAUUGCAUCACAUAUAAUGAGAAAAACUUCAAAUGUAUGCAGUAUAUCUUAAAGUUAUUUGUGUUUUGAUUGUAUGUAAAUCGUUUGUUAACAUAUUUUGAAUAAAAAUAAUUUUAAAGUGUU